AUGACUACCAAUGAGCAACAAUUACCGGAGCAAACUAGAAGCGAAACGGAUGCAGUUCCUCCGCCGCCACCAACGGCGGCUGGCAGGCCCAGACCUCCCACAUCACAGCUUUUUUCACGAGGAAAUCUAAUCAGUAGCCGGGCUGGAGGUGACAAAACUGCCUUGGCCCGACCUUCGACUGCUGUUCGGGCCGUGGGCUAUGCGGCCAAUAACAGCGGCUCUGCUGGCCAAAGGUUUGACCAAUUUUUCCUAGAAAAGGCCAAACAACAAACCCUUUCAUCGGCCAAUGCAGCUGUAGAUGCAGCCAAGGAAGUCAAUCCUCAAAUCAAGUACAAGAAUCUGGAAGCCAAGAUUGUUAAGCUUCUGGAAUCCUCCAUUGUGUUAUCCUGGCAAAGUUCUGCUACUCGGUCAAAUGUUGAUGUUAAUCCUGAUACCAAAUCCUCUCUGACGGAGGCCUUGAACAAAGCCAAGGAAGCAUUCUCUUUGGAUCGAACUUUGCACCGAUUUCGGGAUCAACAAGGAGAAAAUGUUUACCACAACUUUGAUUUAACCUAUGCGGUAUUUUUCAAUUUGGCUGAGCAAUAUGAACGCAAUGAUCUGCACAUCGAGGCCCUCAACACCUACAGUAUUAUGACCAAAAACAAGAUGUUCCCGCAGGUCAACCAGUUGAAGAUCAACAUGGGAAAUAUCUACUACAAGAUGGGAAUCUACCAAAAGGCCGUCAAGAUGUAUCGCAUGGCCCUGGACUCGGUGCCGAAGACUUUGAGUCAAUUGCGUCUGAAGAUCACCGAAAACAUCGGAGUCCUCUUCGUCCGGAUGGGCUCCUAUUCGGAUGCCGCCUCCAGCUUUGAGUUCAUCAUGUCGGAGCGCGGUGACAUCAAGAGUGGCAUCCACCUGGUUCUUUGCUACUACGCUUUGGGGGAUGUGGAGAAAAUCAAGACGGCGUUUCGCAGCCUGUGCGAUGUCCAGGCGGGGGAAGCAGACACCGAUCUGGAUAGUGAAAGUCAAAUCCUGAAACUGCAACAACAGGCUGGAAAUGCGGCUGGUGUCCAGGAUUUGCAAAAGUCCUUGGAUCGGGAGGAUAAUGGUGGUGCUGAUGUGGCGGUUAUCGAUGCCGAAGGUGGGGGUACCUAUGAGAAGGUCCAGGAGACCGUCAAAACCUCGGCCAAGGAAAAACAGCGCUACGUGCUCCAAGCUAUUAAGACGGAUGAACUUGCUCUGUACACAAAAAAUCGAAGGAAUGCGGAGAAGAGAUCCAUUACGAUGAUAGUUGACUUGAUUUCGCCGAUAAUCGAGGAGAAUUAUAAUGAUGGCUACAAUUGGUGCAUUGAGAUCAUCAAGACUUCGAAUCUGGCCUGGUUGGCCAACGAGCUGGAGCUCAACAAGGCCCUGGUAUAUUUGCGUCAAAACGAUGUAACCCAGGCCAUCGAAACUCUGCAGAUGUACGAUCGCAAGAGUGAAGGAUCCAUGACAGCCAGUGCUCUGACCAACCUUAGCUUCAUCUACAUAAGUUUGGGCAAUCUGGAGAUGGCCACUCAUUGCCUCAAUCAGCUGCAGGAGAUUGGAGCCUUGGAGACGAGUCCAAUGGCACUGAUUAAUGCCAGCAUUGUGGAUUUGAAGAAACAGAAUCUCAGCUCUGCCCGCGAUCGCUUGGAACGGGCAUUGGAGCUUCAACCAACCAACUUUGAGGCCAACUACAAUCUAGGAUUAGUGGCUUUGGCACAGCAGGACUAUGAGCUAGCUGAGGAGCGAUUUGAGCUGCUAAAGGCUCAGUUGAUGGUGCCACAUUCCGUGCAACAUAGUCAUGUGUUUUACCAGCUGGCCAAGUUGCAGGAACGUCGCCUAGGAGUCGGAUUUAAGGCUAGCGCUUCUCCAGGAGCUGCUUUACAAGCCUACCUCCAGGUUCUGGGCAUAUCCGCGGCGGAUAUCGAUUCGCGUCUUUUCGAAAAGGUGGGAUCCCUGUACGAGCAGAUCCAAGAUCACCAGGAGGCGAAUCAAUACUACAAUGAGGCGUAUCGCAUCAACAUGAGCGACAUUAGCAUUGCCAGCUCCAUCGGCUCCUACUACAUAAAGCUCCAGGCCACAGAAAAGGCACUCUACUACUACGAGCGAGCGGUUCUGGCCGAUCCCAAUGACCCGAACCUGAUGUUACGCAUCGCCAGUUGUUUCCGGAACUCGUAUCUGCCACCCAAGCAGUAUCUGGGAAUGUUCCAGAAAAUAUACGCCCGCUUCCCCGAGAACCUCACCUGUGUGCGGGCCCUGAUGCAGGUGACCAAGUCCCUGGGCCUGACCGAUCUCCAUGAGCGGUAUGCCAAUGACUAUGCCCGUCUCCACAAACAACAGCAGGAACGGCAGAAUGAGCAGCGUUAUCAGCAGCAGCGCCUUUCCUCAGCCACAUCCUCCAGCAGCCGGAUGAGGGUUCAACAGUUUGAUCCUUUGGGUCCACCAGCGGAACGUCCUCGAACGGGUAUGUAUCGAGGCCAAAAGAGCAGAGACGACUCGGACGAUGAGGCAGAAAUGAACGCCGAGAGCUUGUUGCCCAUCUAA